AGGGGAUAACUCUAGUGCGCUGUGGACGUUCGCGAAUGAAACAUUUGACGCUAAUUUCCUGACCCGAAAUAGAAAUUGAAUAAUUGCUCGUCGUUUUCAAUUGAAACUAUUCAACAAUUGAAAUUUGUGUUUCGCGUUUGGACACGGUGGGGCUGCAAUUCCCAGCAUUAAGUUGACCAUGUGCGACAUUUAUUCAACGAGACGGGCGCUUAUGCUUGGAGUUUGGUUUUCUUUUUGGGCCAUUCACAUCGUUCAAACUGAUGCUAAUAGACGACAAUUGCGAAUACUCCCCGAAGUCGAAAAGGACGAGCAAGUCAAUGAACAAGGCUCAACCUUAACACUCACUUGCAUCGACGAUGAUUUAGAUCAAUUUACAAAACAUUUAGAAGGGAAAAUAAAAUGGAAUCUUCCACUAUCCGAGGAGGAAGCGGGAUGGCAUUCAAAAGACAGAACUCAACAAACAAUAGAAAAUCGACUGAACAUUAAAACUUUUGGCAAUAAAACGCACGAGUUUUCGAAGAUGACUUUAAUCAACCUAAAACCCGAGGACACGGGCAAUUACCGAUGCGAAGGACCGGUUCGUUUGCUGGGUCGAGGCCGAUUCGUUUACGUCGCCAGUACCAGAUAUUUAAUUUUUCGAACAUAUGCAAAUACUUUGGCCAAUCAGUGGGCAAAAAAACAACUAAACAGAGACAAUACUCGCACCAUCUCUUUCAUUACAACUCAUCCGAACGUCAGCAUUUCAAUUUUCAAGGAAGUAAGGGUUGCGAAACGGGAAUAUCACGACAUCGAGAUCUGGAAUUCCUCAAACAAAAACUCGAGAUGGUCGUUCAAUCCUAGAAAUGGAUUGACGUUGAAGAAUCCAACCAUUUUCGACUCGGGAAUUUAUUAUAUUUUCGGCCAUUUGCCCUUUGUCAACGGAAAACCCGUUAACAUUCAACACAACGAUACCGAUAAAGAAGAGAUGAUUCGCAGAAUCUUCCCAGUGGAUCGGAUCGACGCUAUCGACGUGGAUGGGUUUUUUAUUAUUGUAUCAGGCAAUAAAAAUAGUGACAUUACUCUCGUAUAAAACUUGUCAAAAUUGAACGCGAUUAUGCAACUAGGAAUCGAAGUUGAGAGAUUGGGAGCACCUGAUGAUCCAGUGGAAGGAUCAAACGUCACUUUAAUCUGCACUUCUUUCUCAUUAUUCUCGUACCUUAGGCCCAAAGAAAGUCAAGUCCAACAUCUACCGACAUGGUUCUAUUACGAAAAUGGGAAUGCGAAAUGGCACGAGUUAUGUAAAAAAAAAUUUAAGAAACCAAACGCAGGCAUGUAACACUAUACAUACUAUAAGAAAAUUGUCCUUAAUUCUUACAAUGCUUCUAAUUGCAAAUCACACCUAUCGUCGCAGAUAUUCGAAACGAAAUUGAAGAGACGCCAGACGGAUUUUACAAAAGAAAAUUGCACUUGAUCAACGUUACCCUAAAUAUUCCAUACACGAAAUUCAAAUGCGCGUACGGCGGCGACAAUUCGACAGUCAAAGAAAUUUCUUUCACAAUUAAAGAAAUAGACAACAAACCAUUGUCUAAUUCAAUUAUCCUGGAAAAAGGAGUCGGCCAAAAUUUAACCUGCAAUCGAUUAUCGCAAUAUGUUGCCAUUCAUUGGCUCAAGGAUGGCAUGACACACUCCGACUCGGUCUACGAAAACGAAACCGCUUCUAUUGUGCAACUGCAAGGAAAAGAAACGGAGAGGGGAACCUACGAAUGUCGAUGGAAAAACAGCAAAGGAGAGCAGAGACACAGAAACUUCACAGUCAUCCCCUCCUUCGAAAAAGAAGCAAACAACUUCGGUUCCGAAAAGGACGAAAAAGAUACAAACUCCAUCAUCAUCAUAUCUGCAUCUUUAAUCGGAUUACUUGCAGUAGCAGUGGGGAUCGGAAUUAAAAUUUAUCUCGACAAAAAAAAUGUAGAAAAACAACUCGAAAAAAGGCUAAAUGGGGAUCCGAAUAGAAUCGACCCGGACGUGCCGAUGGAAUAUCAAACGGAAUUCCUGCCCUACGAUAAGAAAUGGGAAUUCCCAAGGAAACGACUCAGACUCGGUAAAGAACUGGGAUCCGGUUGUUUCGGUCGAGUUGUCAAAGGUGAAGCUGUGGGCAUCAAAUACUUGGAGGAAACUGUUACAACAGUGGCUGUUAAAAUGAUUAAACCGACGUCCAAGUCAAACGACGCAUUGGACGCUCUCAUAAGGGAAUUAAAAAUUAUGAUUUAUUUGGGUUCGCACUUGAAUGUAGUCAAUUUAAUGGGGGCCUGUACCAAAACCCUCGUCAAAGAAGAAAUUCUGGUCAUCAUCGACUUUUGCCGAUUCGGCAAUUUAAAAUCUUUUUUAAUUGAACACCGGGACAAAUUCAUCAACCAGUUGACCGCAUUAGGUGAUUUGUUACCUGGGGACGAAACGGUGGAAAUCAACACACCAUCAGCUAAUCGCUCGGUUUCACAUGAUUUUACCGAGCAUCCGCUGUCUGUUGUCGACAACGAAGAUCCCUCGGAAGAUCCGGGACUUGAAGGGGCGGAAAAUCAUGUUGAGAAUCAGGCUCCCGAAUCAAAACAGGCCAGUAAUAACGCAGAAGAAUCGAACGCAACUGCCAAUCAAAUAAUCAAAACGAGCGACUUGAUUUCCUGGUCAUUGCAAAUUACUCGAGGCAUGGAAUUCUUGGCCAGCAAAAAGGUUCUGCACGGCGAUUUGGCCGCCCGCAAUGUCCUUUUGGCCGAUCACGGAAUCGUCAAAGUGGCCGAUUUCGGAAUGGCCAGGCAAAUGAAGGAUUACGAUUACCAGAAAACGGGAGAGGAAUUAAUGCCAAUAAAGUGGAUGGCCAUCGAGUCCCUGACGGAUAAAAUAUUUUCCAGCCAAUCGGAUGUCUGGUCCUACGGGGUGGUCUUGUGGGAAAUAUUUUCCCUCGGCAAAGUUCCGUAUCCAGGAAUGGAAAAUGGUUGGGCGCUUGUAACAGAAAUUCAAAAUGGACACCGGAUGGAAAAACCGGAAUAUUCACCAAAUUUGUUGGGGGAUAUUAUGAAACAAUGUUGGCACAUAGAUCCGAAAGAGAGGCCAACUUUCUCCCAACUGACCGAGAUAAUCGAAAAAUACAUCGUGUCACUUGUCAGCUAUGAUUAUAUAAAUGGACUAGAAAGCGAAAAUGAUUUAAUCGGCGAGACAGUCGAACGUACUGAACCAAUCCAACAUGAAUAAAUUUCGUUCGAUAACCUGUUAUUUAAAAAACUGCCAUCUUUUCCUUUUGAAGAGCAAUUAAACGACUAGUGCUGGCAAAGGAAAAAUACAUCAUGCAGAGAAGGUCUUAAAAACACUUAUGUACUGCACUUGAGUUUUCGGAUCAAUUUACAACCAAGAUUACAACGUAAAAAUGCGUCAAUUUCUUCCUUGGGAAAAAAAUGGAAGACAACGGGGUCCAACGGAUCGCAACUCAAAUGAUCAAAUCUCAUUUCACAGUAAACGUUUCCUUUUCAAAUACGUGAUCUUACAUACUUCAUCUUUUAUUAUUCCUCAAUUAUAUCAUUUUUACUCUGUCAUGACGUUUACUUUUUUACUUUUUCUCCCAAUUAUUUUCAUUCAUUUUUACUUGGAAAUGUUGUUACACACACGCAAAAACCAAAAUAAUAAACCAAACCAAAGAAAUGUA